CAAACUCUCAUGUUGAUGCUAUUUCAGUUAGAACGCAAACCAGAAGUGUGUGUUUAUGUGAAUGCAAUGGCACAUGAACGAGACGUAAAAACAAGCGUUCGUGAAAUGAACACUCAGCUGAAGCACAUCGGUGUUGCAGGUCCAAAUUUAGAGGUGACGGGUCGUAUUCGCGCUCAACGUGUAACCUUUGAAUCCACGGUUGGUGCGUUGCACACAAAUGCGAAAUUGUUCGCGAGAAGUGUGACCCUUAACGCUCAGAACAUAUUCAUCAAAACCGAGGCAUUAUUCUCGUGCGCAAAGAUUCGAAUGAUGUCAAGGCGAGUGCAAAUUGACGGCAGAAUCUGUCCAUGGGAUGAGCAGCCUGAUCGUAUGAAUGUCGCUGUUGACUCGGCUCUGUUGCACAUUGGCAUUGACGGAGUUAUCGGAUCUUUAAAGUCAUUAAAGGAGAAAUCCGUAUGUCAUCUGAUCUAUCUAUCGUUUUGUAGAAGUUAUGAUAAUUUAAUUAGAGUCGAACUUGAUCGCUUAAUCCGAUUCCGAAGUUCCACGACGAGCAAU